AUGUUCUCCCUCGAGAAUGUCUUGGUGGAUCCAUUGUACCGUCCUCCCUUGUCCUUGGCGAUCUUUGCUGCUGCCUUGAAGUACAUCACAACUGCAUGGGUGCUAGAUGAUCCCUUGCUGAAAACCAGCGCAACGCUGCGGAAGGAGCGCGAUCGACCUCCUGAUGUGAAGGUGUCACGCCUACUUCUGCGCGUGAUUUUCUUGAUCCUGUCCUCCAGCGUGCUCUUCAAGGACGUGGGGCUGGUGAUUCACGCGAUCCGCACCACCAAAGGCACCUUGAGGUGGGUCCAUGCCGCCGUCAUAGUGAUCGCCUUUAGUCCAAAUUCUGUGGCCGCCGUGGCGGCCACAUGCGUGGCCGAGGUGAAGGUCGGUUGGACGCAUGGCUUGCCUUUGAAUGGGGGUUGGCGUGCAAUGCUGUCAGAGUCCAUAGCGAUGGCCUAUGGCUUUUUGCUGUGCUUUGCUUACAUCGGCCCACUUUUUGUGGUGUUCAUGACGCAUGCGAUCACCGGAGCUGCAGUGAUCGCCUAUGCCUUUGCUUAUGAUUUUGUCACCCUUCCGUGGAGGAUCUGCACGGGGCAUAUGGCAGAAUUUUGGGUCGCUGUGCCAAUCUUCAAUGCUGGUGUGCUUUGGACCGCGUUGUACACUUUGAUUGUGAUUGGAUAUUUCUGGCUGGUCCAGCGGCGAUAUCCUGAGCUCGCCCAACAGUCCAAACUUGCAGGAGGAUGUGGAAAGAAGAUCCUCCAGGAGCAGAUGCCUCAUCAGGUGGCUGCCCGCAUCAUUGGCUUCGUGCGGGAGGUCAGGACCUCCGAUGCAAGGCCGGAGAUGGAGAUGGAUCCCAUGCCACUGACGGGCACAGAGGUUCCUGAACUUGCGAAUGAUAGAUGCAUCCUGAACGACGAGGGCUUGACAUUGCUUUGCGGUGCCAAGGUGCUUUGCUCAUUGAGCUUGCCCUUAGUUCAGCUUUGCGUCAUUGUUGCUGCGCAGGUCUAUUUGGGCCGUCCUGCAUGGGAGGCGGCCAUGCUUAGCUUUCAGGAAAGGUCCUGGGAGCACUACUUUGAAAGUCUGGGCCACUUUGCAAAGCAAAGACCGCUCACGCUUCUUUGGGUGUAUUUGUAA